AUGUAUAACAAUUAAAGUCAACUUAAAUGUUAGCAUGAAGGCCAUGAAAAUGCUAUAAUACUUGGUGUCUGUACUUUUCCGUAGUGUAUAGGGAAAAGGCCGUUUUGCGUUGGUUGUAAAUUUUCAAUUCACAGUGAACAUCAUGGUUCAUUAAAGAAAUUCGAAGAAUUUGAGAAUUGGAAAAAUGAAAACUCAAAUAAUGCAAAUAAACUGCAGAAACUGCACAUUAAAUUGAAGGAAUUGUUAAUUUCCAUAGAAAAAGUCAUAUAAAAUACAUAAGAUUGUGCUAAUUCAAAUUUUACCCAAAUGGAUUAUACUACUUUAGAUAAUUCUAUCAAUAAUUUAAUAAUUGCUUGGAAACAAUAGGAUGAGAUUAUUCAAAACUUAGAUAAAUUUUUGUAGUCACCCAUUGCUUAAACAGCAUUAUAAGCUAUAUAUCCUCAAUAGGGCCGUUCAUAAAGUAUAUCUUCGAUUUUAUACAGGUUUGAGUUAGAGCUAAUAGCUUAAUGCACAAUCAUUUUACAAAAUUGAGAACGAGGUUUAAAAUAAUAACAAUAGCUAUAAGAUAAGUUUUCAAACACCAUAAUAACAAGAAAUUGCUUGUUAAAAUAAAAAAUUUGAAUGCAAUCGGAAUCCAAUAAUAUAAGGAUAAAAUAAAUUUAUACCAGGUAAGCCUCUUUAAGCAGAUAUUAAGUUAAAUAAAGAAAAAGAAGGAACAUAAUUCAACAUAAAAUAGAAUGAAUAUAUUCAUUUCCCUUCCAAUUAAUAAUAGAAUCGAGCAUUUUUAAAUAAUGAUCAAUUCAGAUAAGGUUCAAAUUGA